GUAAAUUUCAAGAUCGACAUCACAGAGUGAAUUUGAAUCAACUAGUCAAGAACAACGAUGUAAAGCUGAAGAACAUUUCUCAUUUCAAACAAAAUGAUAGUAAAUUUGCAGGUUAAAUUCUUGAAAUAGACCUAUAAUUACACCGUCGAGGCACUACCAGUUUUAUUCCAUGACCGACUUAGCAACAAAAAUCGAUUCAUCGCGAAAGUAAAUUGCGGUCGAUUCACGAUCGACAGAAUGGCUCCCAGAGGUCGCUUGGCGCUGAUCACGCCUGCAUGGCUGAGCGCCGCACCACUCCUGCUAAUGAGCUUGUCAGCCGUGUGUGGCUCGUCGUUUAGCAUGACGCCGCCAGGGUACCAGAAAGACCUCAGGCCGCAACAAGUCAACGGCGGGCCCGUGGUGGUCGGCUUCAGCAUGAAGAUGAACAGCAUCAGUCAAGUCAACAUGGAAACCAUGUCCGUGACGUUCCAAAUGAACUUGCGCGUGACGUGGGUGGACCCUCGGCUGAUCUACCCUCACCAGAACGUGAGCCGCGAUUUCUCGAGAUCUACAAUAGCUCCCGAGGACGGCAGCGACGACAGAGAGUCCGAGGUCACUUCCAUCGCCGUGUCGACGCAGGUCCUGCGCAAGAUUUGGGUGCCUGAUCCCUUCUUCAGGAGGAUGAGAGACCUCAAGACCUUUCACCUCCUACAGGAUGUACAAGGAGUCAAGAUCUACAGCAAUAAUAAGAUCUACACUUCCAUGGUGCUGAAGUUGGAGCUUGGGUGUUCAAUGAUGUUCACAAACUAUCCGUUCGACGAGCAAGAAUGCGAACUUUACAUCGGCAGUUAUUUUUACCCCAUCACCGAGAUGCAGUUCGAGUGGCUGAGCUCGAGCGUCACUCUGGACGACGAAGUACUGAAGCUGCUCGCAGGCUACGACUUCCAAGUUAAGCCCAUCAACGACACUCGAUGUUUCUGCGAGAAAUGCGUACCUCAAUGGUCGCCGUGCGUGCGCACGCAGUUGUACCUGGAGAGGAGGUACUUGGUACACCUGCUGGGGUACUACAUCCCGUCUGCCCUGUUCGUGGGAGUGUCGUGGUGCUCGUUCUUCUGGCCCGCGGAUGUCAUCCCGGGACGCACAGUGCUGGUCAUCACCUCUCUGCUGACCGUGUCUUCCAUGUAUGCCGCUAGCAGGCAGAGCAGCCCCAUGACGAGCUACGUGAAGGCCAUCGACACGUGGAUGUUCAUGACGAUCCUCCUGACGGUGCUGACGCUCUUCCAGUACGCGGUCGUCCUCCAAUGGCGCAAACGAGCGGACGCUGCCAGAGUCAACCAAGUGCAGCCAAAUGACAAAGGUUCCACCACGACGCAGGUCGAGUCCGCUGUUCAGCGCUAUAUCCGCUACGAAGACUACACUGAGAAGGCAGCUCGCUAUGGCUUACCUCUACUCUUCUUGCUCUUUAACCUCGUCUACUGGCCUUAUUAUCUCAAUACUUAAAUGACCACUUGUUGAUUUACUGCAGUGCUCGAAUAGGUAUGAACCUUGUUACGAGACACUCAAGUUAUCACUGCAAGAAUUGAACUGGAUCGAGGCCUGAAACUCUUCAAAGUUUAUCGGUGCAGUCUCCACGGCUCGUAUAUACAAAAAAUGAAAGGUAAUGAAUAAAAAACAAAAAUUCUAUCUACCAUACAAAAUUCAUACUGAAAUAUCUAAUGUUUUUUCAACGACUAUACAUUAACAUGUGCGACCAUAAUACUGCCACUUUUUAACUUCUCUUAGAGCAUUACAGUUCAGCUUCAAUUAGGAAUUGUAAUGCAAUAACUAUUUCUUUAAUUGGUCGUCUCAUUAUUUCUCGUCCUUCACCCAUGUCCUGCCUCGUAUAUUCAUUUGGUAGUUUACUGUUUUCUAAUAUCCCGUGGCUCAAAAUUACAACGACAUUUUCAGAGUGUAAAAUAGCUACUGAAGCCGGAAUUGCUGCCCACUCAUGUCAGGUUGCUCAAUGCUCGUGUCACUGAUGAGCAACUUUAUGAUAUUAGAACUUAGACUCAGGCAAGGAUGAGGGCAAAAUCUUGUUCUGGCAGUUCUGCCAGAUUAAUAGGACUAAAGUUUUUUUCAAUAUUUAACUGGGUGCACAGAACGAGAGGAUUGCAUGGAUAUCGGUUUCAAGAGUAAAGUUUUUAUAUUAAUACAUCGUGAAACGUGGGCGAUGAACAAAUUCAAAGGGAAUAAAGAAUUUCUACUGUAGAAUUCCAGCUUAAAUAAUUGUUGGGCCAUGAAAUCAGGCCUUGAGAGUUCAGGUCAGGAAUGAAACGAAAUAUGGAGGGCCUGAAUAACGAAACUAUUAAUUGGAAAGGGAUUUGUUGAAUGAGGCCUAAUAGGCUGGAAAGGACAAAUUAAAUGGUGUGAAGUUCCAGGAAUUACAAUCGCAAGUCUGGUGUAAAAUUUUAGGUAUUACGAGCACAAGUCUGGUGUGAAAAAUCUAAUAUGGUACGAAGGGCUAAGAUGCCUAAAUGAUGGACGUCUUUUUCGAUGUUCAUCCCAAAAACGAGAUAAGAGCUAAAACGAUUUUUACUCAAAUCACAAUUUCGCUUAGCCUCUUUUUCCAAAUUGAUGUUGAUGACAUGCACUUGGCUAAACCAACAAUAGCUUUAAUUGUUAGAUUGUUGCCAGAUAAGUCAUCGCGUAUAGCUUCGCUGCUAGACAAUAGAUAUAAAAGAAAUAUUCAGCAGUUUCCUACACUGUAACACAUUCGACCGUUAGAAAAUGUAGCAGACUCUUAGAAUAAUUGCUUAUCAUACUGCCACGUUUUAACUUCUCUAAGAGCGUUACAGUUCAUCUUCAAUUAGAUGCAUUGUAAUGCAAUACCUAUUUCUUUAAUUAGUCGUCUCAUUAUUCACUUGCAAAAUUGUUGGCUUGAGAUAUGUUCCGACGUUCAACCACGUCAAAAAUGCAUCGAAAUAUUUCCCGCGCCUAUGACUCUUUCCCGACGACUUCCAGUCACUAAAUUUUUUAUCACUCAUGCUAAUAAACCAGGAGAUUUUUCUAAAGAAUUUUUUAGGUUUUUCGGUAAUUGUAGCACUUUUCAUAUCGAUUUUAACGUAUCCAUAUCAACCCAUUGCUCGUCGAUGUGCAAAGUGAGUUUAAUUAUAUGCACACUUUCCAUCGAUUGCGUCAGACGACAUGAAAAAAUAAUAAUAAUUUUUCUGGGCAAUUAUUUUAGAAUUAAAAUGGAGAAAAUUGCAUGAAUCACAGAUGGAUGUUCGUUGAUUCCAUUUAAUUACCUUCUCUGUAAUAAUAAAUAAUCUACAAUUAUAUAGUCGGCGACUUCGUUUAGCUUACCGAGAUAAAUGAAUUCAAGGCAUCGCAGUUCUUCAUGUUCCGGUAAUGCCGAUAAUUGGCAUAGCGAGAAAUGCAGGUUAUAAUUUAUUUACAAGUAUUCGUAUUAACUUAGAUAGUUCUGUAAGGUAGUGUUACUGGUACUGUUAUUGAAAUCGUUGUUAUGUUAUCAUUAUAUUUGUUAAUCGACCUCUGCAGGUCGAGGACGAAACUCAAGGCGUCGAUUAGGCUAUUGGGGUCGAACGAGUAGCACAAAUUGUUCGGUAGAAUUUAUUUCAUGUCAAUUUUUCAGCAUCAUGUAUUGUAAAUAUUCUUCAAACAUUGUAACAAAAAUAUUUUAGGAAUCGUUUAGUUAAUCAUUAUUUUCAAUCGUCUAUAUUCUCAUUGUUUUCACCAUAAAAAAUCAACAAGUUGACUAAUUUUUCGUUUAUUUGGAAAUGAUCGGUUAAUGUAGGUACAAAUAUUUUGUGAAGUAGUCGAUGGUUGAGGAAGUUUACUCAUCCCUUCUAAAUUUAAACCAUCUUGAGUUCAGCCUUAUAUUAAGUCAUGUGAAAAUAUGGAGUUUAUCAGUGACCACAUUCGGCAGUACACCGUGUUUUUUUCUAGUCCAGUUCUAUCAGCAAAAUCAAGAAAAUAAAUUCGUCAACGGAGACAAAUUAGCAGAUAUUAUUAUAUCUCGUAUAUCAAUUACGCUGUAACAUCUUUUUCUGAAAUUUGCGGAUAUUAGUUUGACCGUUUCGUCGGGAAAAAAUUUCGUUAUUUACCUAUAUGUGCGGAUCAAAUUUGAAAAUGUAAAACCGUAAAAUUUGAUCAACUAGUUCAUGAAUAAUCAUACUCUUACUCAUACUCUCUGAUUCAUACAUGAAUUCCCUAAGCUAAUUUUUCAAGAAGACUUUCACUGCACUUCAAAUUCGCUUUCCGUAGAAAGGAGAUGAAUAAAUUUAUUAAUCAGUUCAUCAGGCCGAAAUAAUUAGUGACAAACGAAAAGAAUUACUUUAGUAGGUCAAUUAAAUAAACUCUUAGAAAGCAAUGAUGUCCGUAGAUAUGCAUGUUAAAAAAUGUUUAGAUAUUAAGUCAUUAGACCUCUGGUUGUGAAUUUGUUUAUUAGUGAUGUCAUUAAUUUAUGAUUGAUUCAUAUUUCCUGUUAAUAAUACAAUAAUUUGAGCAUUAUUUAUUUGAAAAUCAAUUAGAUCUAGAAUCCAAACUACCUGACUAGAUUAGAAAUAUAAUUGUUCAGUAUUGAG